AUGCAUUGUCCUUAUUGUCUUGUGAGAUUUUAUACGAUGAAGCUUAACAUUGCCAACCCUUUGACGGGUGCUCAGAAAGUGCUUGAAGUUGAUGAUGAGCACAAGCUCCGUGCGUUCUACGACAAGCGUAUCUCACAGGAAGUUGACGGCGCUGUCCUUGGUGACGAGUUCAAGGGUUUUAUCUUUCGCGUAUCUGGUGGUAACGACAAGCAGGGUUUUCCAAUGAAGCAGGGUGUUCUGUCCAAUGGCCGUGCUCGUCUUUUGCUCUCCAAGGGCAAGACAUGCUACCGUCCUCGUCGCAAGGGUGAACGUAAGCGCAAGUCAGUGCGCGGCUGCAUUGUUGGCCCAGAUCUUUCGGUGCUUAACUUGGUGGUUGUGAAGUCCGGUGACGCUGAUGUCCCUGGUCUCACUGACGUGCAGAUCCCGCGUCGUCUUGGCCCCAAGCGUGCCUCAAACAUCCGCAAGCUGUUUAACUUGACCAAGGAAGAUGAUGUGCGCAAGUACGUAAUUCGUCGCAAGUUUGAAUCGAAGACGGGCAAGAAGAAUGACAAGGCACCUAAGAUCCAGCGUCUUGUUACCCCGCGUACGCUUCACCACAAGCGUCAGAUUGCCCUGAAGAAGGUGAAUCAGCGCGAGAAGGUGCAACACGAGGCCGCCGAGUACAACCGUCUCCACGCUCAGCGCGUUAAGGAGCAGAAGAACCGUCGUGCCAGUGAGAUUGCUAAGCGUCGUAGCAGCCGCAAGGGUUCGUCGAUUAAGGCGUAA